CAAUUGUUUUUCUCCCAUAAACAGAUCAGAUAGGUCAGAUAAGGAACUCUAGAGCUAGCUUUUUGUCAUAAUUUACACAAAAAUCAUCAAAUUACUUAACUAAAUUAGUUUUAUGACAGAUAAACAAAUACAUAUCCAUACAAACAACAACAAUCUCAGUGCUUGGACAUGUCGGAAGUACGCAUUAAACCUCGCCAAGUAUUGGUUUUAAUCAUUGUGUUCCUGGUUAUUCUACUAAUGGUUCAUCGCAAUGGCAAAAGGACUUGCCAGGGACCAGCAUACCUCCAGGCCAUGUACGCCAAACAGCAAGAUGGAGAAUUACCAACAAUUUACUGCGUAACACCCACUUAUGCCCGGCCACAUCAAAAAGCUGAAUUAACGAGGCUUUCUCACAUCUUUAUGUUGCUGCCAAACUUGCACUGGGUCAUCGUAGAAGAUUCAGAGACGAAAACAAAUCUAGUAAGGAAUCUAUUGGAACGAGCUGGCUUAACGCAACGUUCCACUCAAUUGAAUGUUAAAACACCCACAGCCUUCAAACUGAAACAUAACGAUCCCAAUUGGAUAAAGCCUCGUGGCGUGGAGCAAAGAAAUCUAGCCUUAUCAUGGAUACGCACAAAUGCGGAUGCCGAAAAGCACAAUAUUGUCUUCUUCAUGGACGACGAUAAUUCCUAUAGUGUGGAACUAUUUGCGGAGAUGUCUAAAAUAGAACCUGGUCGAGUGGGCGUGUGGCCUGUGGGUCUGGUUGGUGGUCUUAUGGUGGAGAAGCCUUUGCUUAAUCAAGAAACUAACCUGGUGGAGGGCUUCAAUGCGGCUUGGCGUCCCGAACGGCCAUUUCCAAUUGAUAUGGCCGGGUUUGCGAUAUCAACUGAAUUACUUUUUAAAUACCCCGAGGCUGCUUUCAGUUAUGAAGUUCAACGCGGCUAUCAAGAGAGUGAAAUUUUAAGACAUUUAACUACUAGAUCACAACUACAGCCAUUGGCAAACAAUUGCCGUGAUGUAUUGGUAUGGCAUACAAGAACUGAAAAAACGAAACUUACAAAUGAGGAGGCUUUGAACAAACAAGGGAAAAAAUCGGAUGAGGGUAUGGAGGUUUAAUAGACUAGAAUUUAGUUAGGAAUUGCGAAUAUUUUAUAAAUGUUGUUCACUACUGAGAUUUAGAGAUUUAUUUGCCUGGGAUUUUUGAAAAAAUAUGGAAAUAACUUAUUUAAUAGAUAUGGGGAAAAAUACAGUUUUACAAAAAUUGGAAAAUCCUUUCAUAAAGUUACGGGCAUUACGCAGUUGAAGAUAUAAUCGAAGGUAAAUUAGUUAUUCUCAAAACAAUUUCGCUUGUUUGUUCAAAUCCUAGCCUUAUAAGUUUCAGAACUGCAGAGAUCUUUUAAUGUUAAAUGUCCUAUGCUUGCCUUCUCAAUAGUAAAAAAAGUAAUUUCAGGUGAAAUUCUAUAAUUUUGUGUAUCCCUAUAACUUGUAUAAAGUGAAGCAAAUCUAAGAGAAUCCUUAAAAAAAGUGUAAACUUAAUUUUGUAGUUAUUUAUUCGAUUUUUUUCUUGCACUUUGAAAUUUUACAUAGAAUGCGACUGCUGGAUCCAAAGACUUAUAAUAAUUUAUUUUUUUUAACUAUUUGUUGUCUUCCAGUAAUGUUAAGGCUAGUCCUUGCAAAACAACUGCUGAAUAUACACAUUUUUACGUCAGCCAAUUUUAAUAAAUAUAUUUGCUCUUGUAAAUAAAACCAUUAAUAAAAUAAAGUAUUAUUUUUAUACGAAAA